GAUUUAAAGCGGUUAGUUUGUGCUGGUUCACAGUAGUAGGUCGAGGUCGUCAGGUCAGUUUCGGUAAAAUGCAGUAGGAAUAGUUAAAUUUGCAAUGUCAUUUUAUUCUAUAUGCAUUAUCGUGGAUACUUGUAGAUAGCAGUAGGUUUUUAGUAACAGACUGAUUCCUAGCAUCAGUAAAGCUAAUAAAACAUCUCCUAACGUCCUCGAAUCUGAAGUCACAGUGUGCACGGCAAUAUCAGACUGCGUUCAAAAAUUGCCAGAUUGUAAUGGAACGUAAAUAUGUUCUAGCGCUGGAUGUUGGGACAACUACUGUCCGUUGUUACGUUCUGGAUAAUUCCACCACGGUAAUUGGGAAAGCAUGUCAGGAGAUUGAACACCUGUAUCCACAGAUUGGACAGGAUGAAAUAGAACCGGAGGAAUUGUGGACGAAGUCUGUAAGCGUUCUUCGUGACUCUAUAAAAGCUGCUGGUGUGAAUCCACACCAGAUUGCAUGCAUAGGAAUAUCUGCACAGCGCUCAUCUUUCAUAACCUGGCAUAGAGAAACUGGAGAGCCGUUCCACAAUUUUAUAACAUGGAGAGAUCUUCGAGCAGAUGGUCUGGUGCAGCAAUGGAACAAGUCUCUGACAAUGAAGAGUAUCCGAAUGGGAGCCCUGUGUCUUUACACCAUUUCGAGAAACAAGCGGUACCUUGCUGGUAGUGUCUUGAAGCUCAUGAAUGCUCAGGUGACUCUGCGUCUUGUGUGGGUGCUGAAGAAUGUGGAAGCACUUCAGAAGGCUGCAAAAUGCCAUCAGGCCAUGUUCGGUACCAUAGACACAUGGCUCUUGUACAGGCUGACGGGGGGCAAGUUUCAUGUCACUGAUGUGUCCAGUGCAAGUGCAACUGGCUUCUACGAUCCAUUUGUAAUGGAAUGGUGUGACUGGGUGCUCAGACUCUUCUGCAUUCCCUCUGACAUGCUCCCAGAAGUGUGGGACACUGCCUGUGACUUCGGAUGCAUCACCACCGAUAUAGUGGAAGCUGCUAUACCCAUUCGCAGCCUGGUGGCCGAUCAAGCAGCGUCUUUGUUUGGCUCUUGUUGCUUUGAAGAGGGUGAUGUCAAGGUCACCAUGGGAACAGGGACAUUCCUGAAUGUAAACACAGGAUACAAGCCCCAAGCCUCAGUGGCAGGUCUGUACCCACAGAUUGGCUGGCGUGUGGUAGAUGAAAUUGUGUUCAUAAUGGAAGGUGCCUCACAUGACACUGGUUCUCUAAUAAAUUGGGCACAACAAAUAGGUUUGUUUUCUGAACCUACUGACUCUGCUGACAUGGCUAAUUCAGUUCAGAACUCAAAUGGACUUUGCUUCAUACCUGCAUUUAAUGGAAUUCAGGUCCCAAUCAACAAUUUCCAAGCUGCAGCUGGGUUUAUUGGCAUUAAGCCCACAACAAGCCGCCAGCACAUGGUGCGUGCCAUCUUGGAGAGUAUCGUGUUCAGAGUGGUGCAGCUGUACCAGGCUCUUCUAAGAGAAGUCAAGAAUCAUUACACCUGCAUCAAAGUGGAUGGUGGCGUCUCUCGGAACGACUUUGUGGACCAGUUGUUGGCUGACCUCACAGGUUUGAAGGUGGAGAGACCAAAAUCUUCUGAAAUGACUGCGUUAGGUGCUGCUUUUCUUGCUGGUCUUUAUGAAGGUGUGUGGCAGUCCAAAGAUGAGCUGCGUAUGCUGCGACAAGUGGACCGAGUGUUUGAGCCAAGAGCAAAUGUAUGUGAGGAAUAUGACAGCAUUUUGACACUGUGGAGUCAAGCACUGCAUCGUUUCCUAGACUGGUAUGAUACAUAAUACAAACAAAAGACAAUCUGUGUCUCAUUCCAAAUGUGGUGCAGUAUGAACAUAUAAUCUUGGGAAAUUUUUCCUAACAAGUACACAGGACUCAUGCUAUAUAAUUUUGAUACUGAGAGCAUCAUUAAAUAACUUGCAAAAAACUAUAGAAGAACACUGAAAUGAGUACUCAGCUGUUUAUACAGUCCCAUGGAAAUAAAACACCAUUUUAUUAUAUAUACUUCAGUCAGAUAAGAUUGUUAGUAAAGUAUUGGGCCGCCAUUGAAAUUUAUGUCUUCAUAUACAGAGGGGUCCAAAAAAAUGUACUCA